AUGAUUGUCGGUGCUUUUAUAGUCAAUAAAUCUCAAAUUGUUUCGAGAUUCACUGAGCCACUUUCUGUUUCUAAAAUAGAGAUGUUAAUACUGGAUUACAUACAGAAUCCCAAUCCUCUUGUUAUACGUGGCCUAUAUAAAUAUAUAUCUUAUGUUUUCAACGAAGUGUCUUAUGUUAUUAUUACUUCUUUACAAUUUAAAGAAUUGGAAGCUAAAAAAAUUCUAAAGUUUCUUUCUAAUAAUUGUACACUUGAUCCAAUAGACCAGAUAGUUACACUAGAUAAUAUUUUGUAUGAUAAUAAUUAUUUGUUUCCUAAUCUUAGUUUAAUUAAAAAUAUGGAUAGUCAAGAAGAAAAAAUUUAUAAGAUGAUGAUGAAAAAUAAAGCAGGCGAAAUGAAGAAAAAGUACAAUAGUUUAAAAAAAUCUACCUCGUCUAUUAAAAGUAUACCAUGCCAAAGUUAUAUAUCCAGUAAAAGCGUAGGAUUAGACAUUCAAGGCGAUGAUAAAAAAGAUAUUAAUGUAUCUAUCAACAAUAAACCUAGAUCAUUUGAAACAGGCAAAAAAGAUAUUUUUAUUCUGUUGAAAGAAAAAAUGAAGUGUCAAGUAGACGUAGAAAACAAUAUUAAAGUCUUAGAAUUAAACGGUGAAAUGACUUUAAAUAUUAAAAAUGAAAAGUAUAAAAAUAUACAAAUUGAUGUAAAAGGUGACACUUCAAAAUGUAAAUUUAGUCCUAAACUUGACAAGGAAGCAGUUAAAUGUAACAUUAUAAGAAGUAGUAAAGAUUUUAGCCUUAAUAAAAAUAUUGCACUAAUGAAAUGGAAAUUUCAGGACAUUAAAAAAUUACCAAUAAGUUUUACAUUCUGGCCUAGUGAAAUUAAACCAAAGACUUUUCAGGUUAGUCUUGAAAUUACAGCAGAAGAGGAUCUUGAUAAUCUUUUAAUUUACAUUCCUACAAAAAAUAUGCUAGAAAAAAAUACUAGUGAAUUUUUAGAAUGGAACGUAGGAAACAUUAAAAAAGAUAAUUCUGAUUCAUUUGAUUUUCAGUGUAAAUGUAAUGAUAUUGUAAAUAUUUUUCCUAUCGAUGUUUAUUUUACAAGCAAUAAAAUUAAUUUAGAAAUUGAAGAAGUUAAAAUUAAAGAGACAGAAGGAGAUUUAGAAAUUAGAAAAGUUUUGGAGGCGGAAGAAUUUAAACUUGAAUAUGAAUAA